AUGGCAAACGAGCAGAUCUCGCUGCCGUAUCUGGUGAUGAUACUGCUGGUUACGGCAUUCGUGAUACGGUUCCUGUUCUUUUCGCCCGCCCCGCCACCGGCGCCGCGACAGAGCGCUGCAGCGGUACUACGUACGCGCGAGGCAGCCGUGGAGAGGAUACAGCAGAUGUUCCCGCAAGUAGACAGACGAACGAUUCUUUGGGAUUUGCAGAGAAACGGCGGAAAUAUCCAGGCGACGUCUGAGAGGAUUCUCGCAGGACGGAUGGAAGCUCCUCCAAUCACUUUCCAGCCCCCUCCCCCGCCGGGAGCGAAUAACGCAGCGUCCAGCUCUUCGACACCGGCCAAGGCGCCCGAGAAGCCCACACAGCCGGACCUGAUUACGAGAUACAAGCUCCAAGAUAAGAUCUCGGCGCAGCAACAGCGGCAAGCGGAAGCGGACGCCGCCGCCGUCGCGGAGAAGGAGAAGGAGAAGGCGGCCAAGGGGUGGAGCUCGAACAGGGACGAGAGGCAGUCGCUUUUGCAGAAGCGAAGGGACGAAAUGAUUCUUGCGGCGCGGCGGAAGAUGGAGGCUAAGAUUGCUGCUGAGAAGGCGGCAUAA